UCCGCAUGUUAUUGAAAGGCGCAGAAAUGACGCUAAAUGAAAUCUCCAAAAAAGUGAAAAAUUAUUCCCGCAAAAGUCGUUGAUUCACAAAUCACGCGUAAGUAAAUGCAUAUUUCACGGAUCACGAAAAAGUCGAAAACCAGUUCCCCGAGGACAGAAAAAUAUAGAUUCACGAAGCACAGAAAAAAUAAAUCCUCAUUCACGCUUCACGGAAAAGCAAAAACGCCUAUUCACGCGUCACGAAAAAAAGUAUAGGGGACCCGCGGGGAAUAAAAAUCAAUUAUAAUCAACGGAAAGAGGCUUGUUUCACAAGGACUUGUUCACUGUGGAGUAGGGUGUACAUCGUGACUUGACAGAUAAACAUUUACCAUGUUCAUGUUCCGUUAAGUCAGUGUAAAGCCCGGGGUCACCACAAGAUAAUCAAAGAUAUAAAAUUUAAUUCAUGCUAAUUCACCUUAUUUAUAGUCGAGAACAGUUCAACUGGAAACGGAUAGUGACAUGCGACUGCGUGAUCACAUGACGGACUGGCUUGUAAAGCUGAAGUUUUGCCAAGUUGGAUAGAGUUGUGAUUCCAUUGCACGCCAGACACACUCCAGUUCAUCAUGUACCUGACAGUUUUAUCAUCUGCGAUUCUGCUGUGUAGUUUCGACGCUGCCUUCAGCUCAGCUCAACCAAGGCAUCCGCGAGCCAGUGGCCAGUGUCGCAGCUUUGUUGAUGGCCCGCUUGGUUUCUGCUCGGCGAUAGGUGGAUACAAUACUACAUUCCAGUAUCCGGACAUCGUGACUGAUUCAGUGCUAGAAAAAGUAGCCAACAGGCUCCGUAGAUAUUUUUCUACUUUGAACAAGUGUUCAAAGGUUGGAUUAGUUGAAUCGUUGUAUUGCUCAUUUGCUAUUCCUUACUGCUCUGGAGGACAACGUGUAUAUCCUUGCAAACGAGUUUGCAGCGAGUUUUUGAAGCAAUGCGAGGAAACGCUCCCUCCAACGUUCUUGGACUAUAUUAUCGCGAAUUGUCACGUUCUCCCAAAUGAACUAGCGAGCAGUGGCAAGUGCUUUGAGCCACCUAACUUCUACACCAACGAGAGCAUCAAAGGUCCACUGGAACGAGGCUGUCAAGAACUGGUAAUCCCCGCAUGUAAGAACCUUGGUAUAUCGAACCACACCCUCAUAACAGUUGAAAACCAGAAACAUUGGUAUCUCCACGCCUACGAUAAGCAUUACAAUGAGAAGAACCCGCAGACAGACUUCCCUCCAGUUUUUCUAAAAACGUUAGAGAAGUAUCCUAAGUGCAAGGAGAACCUUAAGAAGCUGUAUUGUGGGGAGUAUUUUCCACCGUGCUUUCCCGACGAGGGUGAAGGACAUUACUCCAUUUGUAGGUCGGUUUGCGAUGACAUUGUCAGGGACUGUCCGGAGUUUUUCAGGGAUGAUUUUGUGAAUGCUGAAUACUGUGCGUUACUUGGAAAUGGAAAGACUAGUCAUGGAUAUUGCAAGCGUGCUGAGUGGCCCCGACCCUUCUUCUAUGCUCAUUACUUGCAAGGUAAUUAGUUUGAGCAAAGUUGUCUAAAUACAUCCAGGAAGAAAGUCACUCUAAAGCGAGUUAAUACAUCAUGUGUCAAAUAAGUAAACAAGUAAGCUUGUCAAGAAGUAAGUGCGUAGGCAAGCAAGGAAGUAAAAAACUGCAUAUGCAAAGCCUUAUACACGGUGCACGCAUGUUUCGGUGCG